AUACAAUUGUAUCGGACAUACCCCGUACCAUGUCCACCCCUAUCCAGGGCGCCCUAUCGCUUCGAGAUGACGAUCAUCUGGACCCCAACGCUUUCAAAAGGAUCACUUGGGAUUAUAGCUUCCCCUUUUGAUGGAGGAUUUUCUAUCGUGAUCCAUGAGAAUUUCGAAGGAUUAGCAUCCAGCUCACAUUUCCAGAAACUCCGCUGCCCAUGCUUCUUGCCACCUGGUUGCCCCUCCAUCCCCCCUCAGUCCACCAAGUCUACCAAGCCCACCAUGUCCACCAUGUCCACCAUGUCCACCAUGUCCACCAUGUCCAUCCCCGAGAAAAGGACCUUUAGGGCUAGCUCAGCCUGGCUGUCGUCCGGGUCGUUUCCGCCCCUCCCGGCCCCGAUUUCCCCGGCGGCCACCCUCCCCUUGCCCCGCCGGGGGAAUCAGUGCCGAUGACCCAGAACAAAACUUAAUCAUAUAGUAAGGAACGAUAGAAAAAUGAUGAGAAAAUAGUAGGGAAGAAAAAAAGAAAGAACCGAUACGAGACGUCAGGAACCGAACGAAGACACUUCGCGUGGAAUAGGAUAGAGAUAGCAAGAUUCACCAACUGUGGUCGUUUGGUGCGGUAUCUUCUGAGAAGGCAUGAACAGACGUACUCUCGUGAGGCCUGCCGCUCGCGGCUUGUAAUGAGGAAACAGAGUAUCAAGAGAAAAAAGGGACAAAAUGAAGAAAAAAAAGAGAACAAGCAACAAACAACCCUCCUAUCCUAAGACGAAC